AUGGCUGGGCGAGGAGUGGCUGGCAAUGGCAGGGAGAGGCUGGGAUGGGAGUGGCUAGGAAUGGUUGGGGGAAAAACACUCCUCUCCCAGUCAUUCCCAGCCAUUCCAUUCCCAACCACUCCUCCCCCACCCAUUCCCAGACACAGCCCUCCCAGCCAUUACCAGCCAUUCCUCUCUCAACCAUUACCAGUUACUCCUCUCCCAGCCAAUUCCAGACACUCCCCUAACAGCCAUUCCCAGCCACUCCUCUCCCAGUCUCUCCAAGCUACUUCUCCCUCAGCAUUCCCAGCAACUCCUUCCCUACCAUUUCCACCCACUGCCCUCCCUGCCUCUCAAAGCCACUCCUACCCCGGACACACAAAGGUGAUCCUCCCCAUCAAUUUUCAACCACACCCCUCCCAGCCUCUCCCAGCCAUACAAAGACAUUCACAGCCACUUCUCUCCCAGCCUCUUCUCCCCCACCCAUUCCUAGGCUCUCCCAGCCAUUCCCAGCCUCUCCUAGCCACUCCCAGAUUCUCUCACAGCUAUUCCCAGCCAUUCCCCUCUCAGCCAUUCCCAGCCACUCCAGAUUCAGCUAUUCCCAGUCACUCCUCGCCUAGACAUUCCCAGCCACACCUCUUUCAGCUAUUCCCAGUCAUUCCAAGCCACUCUUCUCCCAGCUAUUUCCAGCCAUUCACAGCCACUCCUCUCCCGGUCUAUCCCAGCUACUUCUCCCCCAGCCAUUCUCAGCCAGUCCCCUCCCAGCCUCUCCUCCCCCAGCCAUCCCCAGCCGCUCCAUUCCCAGCCACUCCUCUCACAGCCAUUCCCAGCCUCUCCCAGUCGCUCCUCUCCCAGCCAUUCCUUGUUACUCCUCUUCCAGCCAAUGCCAGCCAUUCCUCUCACAGCCAUUCCCAGCCACUCCUCUCCCAGCCAUUGCUAACCACUCCUCUCCCAGACACUUCUACUCCAGCCAUUCCCAGCCACUCCCCUCCCUGCCCCUCCCAGCCAUUCUUCCCCCAACCAUUCCCAGCCUCUCUUAGCCACUCCUCUCCCAACCAUUCCCAGCCACUCCUUUCCCAGCCAUUCAUAGCCAAUCCCAGCCACUACUUUCCCAGCCAUUCCCAGUUACUUAUCUCCCCGGCAGUCCUCUCCUAUGCAGUCAUUCCCAGCAACACAUCUCCCAGCCUCUUCGAGCCAAUCCCAGCCAUUCCCAGCCACUCCUCUCCCAGCCAUUCCUCUCCCAGCUAUUGCCAGCCAUCCCUCUACUAG